ACUUCCAUUUUGACGGUGUCGGUGAUCCCUGGGAUUCCCGUUAAUAUCCCGACUUUACCUCAUCAUUUUUCUGUUUUUUCCGGGCUGUUUGCGAGCCGCGGGGCAGCCGCAGGUUUCUGCCGGGUUUAGGCGCCUCUCCGCCGGCCUCCAGCAGCAGGUGCAGUCGGUGUCUGCUGGUUCCUCUGGAUGCGGACUGACGGUUGUAAAUCGGCGCUGUAAUCUCCGGAUUUUAACUGGAAACAGCAAACAGACGGCGGAGGGAUUUCCUCAGAUUUCAGCCUCCAGAAGCUUCGUUUAUAUGUAAUUAUAAUUACGUUAUUUUAUCGUUAUAUUGUUAACGGAACGUAGAUUUUAUUUUUCCUCUCUGAUUUUAAUAUUGCGAUCCGCAGGACAUGUGGCUUUAUUCUGUAUAGUGACCUUCUCACUAAACACUAAAACCUUCCUCUCAUGUGUUCCGGCAUAUUCCUGCUUUAACCUUCAGAAAACAUUCCGGGAACGUUCCGGUUUGGGCCAUUUAAUGUUAGCUCGACAAAACGUUUCUGUUAUUAAAACUGAUCCUGCAGGCUCCUGUAGCUGCUGUCACAUUGAAAGAAGCUCAGAGCACAUUUUAGUUCACAUUAAACAUGCAGCUGUGCAGAAACACAAUAAUAAUCUUUAUCUGUAGAGCACUUUUCAAAAAAUUAAAAACCGAGCUGUCAUAAAAACAUCAGUAGAUGAAGCUGUACAGUUUAGGAAAUAUGAAAUAAAAGACCGGAAACAAUUCAAAGACUUUCUGGAUCAGAUUUCAGAUCAUCUGUUUGGUUCUUGUUAUUAAUGUUUCUGUGAAACAGCAAAAACUUCUGAGAGCUUUCUGCAGCUACCAUGAUUUAAUAUGGUUGUUUGUGUUCAGAUAUUUACAUUAAUAACUGACGAGCCUGUUUCCCCACCGACACUAAAAUAUCUCAGAAAUAUUACAACUCUUCUUAAGACAUUUAAACAGUUUUUCUCUGUACUUAGUUUCUGAAAUAUUUAAAUAAAGUUGAAUUAAUUUACUCGGGACAGCUGACUUUUGGUGUGAAUGCUGAAAGCAAAAUGAGAUGUAUUUCCUGAACAAUCCCCGUCCUCUUUAAAGGUAACCCCUGCAGAAUUAAAGGGACAGUCCGCGCCUUCAGGAACACAUUUUAGGACGUUUUAGACUGAAAACCAAAACGUGGAAGGAAGUAAAGAGGACAGAUCGGACAGUUUCUGGGACAUUAAGACUUUCCAUUUAGACUUUCGCUGCUCUGCAAUCAGUUUAAAACGCUCGGCUAACAACCGUUAGCAGCGGCGAGGCUGCAGCUUGGAAUUAUGGGAAGUGUAGUUGGAUGUUGCUCAGUUGAAGAGACUAUAGUGAUGGACUCCAGCUCCCAGCAGCCUUAGCAGCGCCAGACAGCGGGACACAGAUGCUCCAGCCCUGCCCUGGGCCCGUCACACCUUGAUAUUUUGGACUCGGUGGAUUGUUAAUGUUUUGAGUUUGGAGCGGCCAUGUCGGAUAAGACGGCGCCGCGCUGCCAGCUGAGGCUGGAGUGGAUCCAUGGUUACCGCGGCCACCAGUGUCGGAACAACCUGUACUACACGGCGGGCAAGGAGGUGGUGUACUUCGUGGCCGGCGUGGGCGUGGUCUACAACACCCGGGAACACACGCAGAAGUUCUACCUGGGACACAACGAUGACAUCAUCAGUCUGGCGAUCCAUCCAGAUAAGAUCCAGGUGGCGACAGGUCAGGUGGGUAAGGACCCGUUCAUCUGUGUCUGGGACACAUACGCCAUGCAGACGGUGUCCAUCCUGAGGGACGUCCACACACACGGAGUGGCCUGUUUGGCCUUCGACUCGGAUGGACAGCGGCUGGUGUCGGUCGGUCUGGACGCCAAGAACACUCUGUGUGUUUGGGAUUGGAGGAGAGGACGAGUCCUCGCCACGGCAACAGGACACUCGGACAGAAUCUUUGAUGUGGCCUGGGAUCCUUUUCAGUCCGGCCGUCUGGUCAGCUGUGGAGUCAAACACAUCAAGUUCUGGACUCUGUGUGGGAACGCUCUGACUCCGAAGCGAGGGAUCUUUGGGAAGACGGGCGACCUCCAGACCAUCCUGUGUGUUUCUGCAGCCAAGGACGAGCUGACGUACUCCGGAGCUCUGAACGGAGACGUGUAUGUGUGGAGAGGAAUCACUCUGAUCAGGACUGUACAGGCUGCACAUGGGGCCGGGAUCUUCAGCAUGCACGCCUGCGAGGAAGGAUUCGCCACAGGAGGACGAGACGGCUGCAUCAGACUGUGGGACGUCGACUUUAAACCCAUCACCAAGAUCGACCUGCGAGAGGCCGAGACGGGAUACAAAGGCGUGUCGAUCCGCAGUGUUUGCUGGAAAGCAGACCGGAUCCUGGCAGGGACACAGGACAGUGAGAUCUUCGAGGUGAUGGUGCGGGACCGGGACAAACCGGUUCUGCUGAUGCAGGGACACAGUGAGGGGGAGCUGUGGGCGCUCGACCUGCACCCCAAACAGCCGGUCGCAGUCACCGGGAGCGACGACCGCUCCGUCAGGCUGUGGAGUCUCCCUGACCACACUCUGCUGGCUCGCUGUAACAUGGAGGAGUCCGUCCGCAGUGUUUCCUUCAACAACGACGGCUCUCAACUUGCUCUGGGCAUGAAGGACGGAUCCUUCACUGUGCUGCGUGUCAGGGACAUGACGGAGGUGGUGCAUAUCAAGGACAGGAAGGAGGUAAUCCACGAGCUGAAGUUUUCCCCGGAUGGUUCCUUCCUGGCGGUGGGGUCAAACGACGGGCUAGUGGACGUCUACGCUGUCGGCCAGCGCUACAAGAAGGUGGGCGAGUGCAGCCGCUCGGCGUCCUUCAUCACCCACCUGGACUGGUCGGUGGACAGCCGCUUCCUGCAGACCAACGACGGCGUCGGAGAGCGCCUCUUCUACAGGAUGCCAGCGGGGAAGCUGGUUCCUAAAGAGGAGGCGAAGGGGAUCCAUUGGAUGACGUGGACCGGCGUCAUCGGCUCGGAGGUGAACGGCAUCUGGCCAAAAUACUCCAACGCCACCAACGUGAACUCUGUGGACGCCAACUACAGCAGCGCGGCGCUGGUGACCGGGGACGACCUCGGCCUCGUCAAACUCUUCCGCUUCCCUUGCCUCAAGAAAGGAGCCAAGUUCAAGAAGUACAUCGGCCACUCUGCCCAUGUGACCAACGUCCGCUGGUCCAACGACCUGCAGUGGGUCGUCAGCACUGGUGGCGCCGACCACGCUGUCUUCCAGUGGCGCUUCCUGCCCGAGGGUGUCAUGAACGGCGUCCUGGAGCCCCUCCUCCAAGAGGGUUACGCCGACUCCAACAGCGGCGAGUCGGACUCAGAUGUGUCGGACGUCCCGGAGCUCGACUCGGACAUCGAACAGGAAGCUCAGACCAGCUACGAACGUCAGGUGUACAAGGAGGACCUUCCUCAGCUCAGGAAGAAGCUGAUUGGUUCCCUGAAGCGUCAGAAAGCUCCAGAGGAGGGGCUUCGUCUGCAGUUUGUUCACGGGUACCGGGGCUUUGACUGCCGUAACAACCUGUUCUACAGUCAGAGCGGCGAGGUGGUGUACCACGUGGCGGCCGUGGCCGUCGUCUACAGCCGCCUGCAGCACAGUCAGAGGUUUUAUCUCGGCCACGACGACGACAUCCUCAGCCUCACCGUGCACCCGCUCAAAGACUACGUGGCCUCCGCUCAGGUUGGCAGAGACCCGGCCGUCCACGUCUGGGACGUCCAGACUCUGAAGUGUCUGUCGCUGCUGAAGGGACACCACAGCAGAGGGGUGUGUGCUCUGGAGUUCACAGCGGACGGAAAGAGUUUGAUCUCCGUGGGAAUCGAUGAAUUUCACUCCAUUGUCAUCUGGGACUGGAAGAAAGGAGAGAGGCUGGCCAAGGCCAGGGGUCAUAAAGAGAAAACGUUUGUGGUGAAGAGCAACCCCUUCAGGAUGGACAAACUGGUGACUGUCGGCAUCAAACACAUAAAGUUCUGGCAACAUUCAGGUGGCGGUCUGACGUUCAAACGGGGGAUUUUCGGGAACCUGGGGAAACAGGAGACGAUGAUGUCGGCGUGUUACGGCAGGUCAGAGGACCUGGUGUUCUCCGGAGCGACUAACGGAGACGUUUACAUCUGGAGAGACACCACGCUCAUCAAGACCGUCAAAGCCCACGACGGCCCUGUGUUCGCCAUGUGCUCCCUGGACAAGGGCUUUGUGACGGGGGGGAAGGACGGCAUUGUGGAGCUCUGGGACGACAUGUUCGAGAGAUGUCUGAAGACGUACGCCAUCAAGAGAGCAGCGCUGUCUCCAUCCUCUAAAGGUCUGCUGCUGGAGGACAACCCGUCCAUCCGAGCCAUCACGCUGGGACACGGUCACAUCCUGCUGGGGACCAAGAACGGAGAAAUCCUCGAGAUCGACAAGAGUGGCCCCAUGACGCUGCUGGUCCAGGGACACAUGGAGGGGGAGGUGUGGGGGUUGGCAGCCCACCCUCUACUUCCUGUCUGCGCCACCGUCAGCGACGACAAAACUCUGAGGAUCUGGGAGCUGUCAGCCAAUCACCGCAUGGUCGCCGUCCGCAAACUCAAGAAGGGUGAAAACAGGAAGCUGUGUGAAGUGGGUGUAAACGACGCAGGGAAGUACCUGGCUGUGGCGUCCCAUGAUUCCUUCGUGGACAUCUACAACGUGCUGACCAGUAAGAGAGUGGGCAUCUGUAAAGGAGCCGGCAGCUACAUCACACACAUCGACUGGGACUCUCGAGGUAAACUGCUGCAGGUGAACACCGGUGCUAAAGAGCAGCUGUUCUUCGAGGCUCCGCGAGGACGCAAACAGAACAUCAGCAUGGCCGAGUUUGAGAAGCUGGAGUGGGCGAGCUGGACUUCUGUUCUGGGUCCGAGCUGUGAGGGAAUAUGGCCGACGCUCAGCUUCGUCAACACCGCCUCGCUCACCAAAGACGGCACGCUGCUCGCCACCGGAGACGACUUCGGCUUCCUCAAACUCUUCAGCUUCCCAUCCAGGGGCCAGUUUGCCAGGUUUAAGAAGUACGUGGGCCACAGCACCAACGUGACCAACGUGCGCUGGUCCAACGACGACACGGUGCUGCUGUCGGUGGGCGGGGCCGACACAGCGCUGAUGAUCUGGAGCCGAGAGCCGCCGGGUCACAAGGAGAGCAAAGCCGUGGACAGCGAGGAAUCUGACGACGACACCGAGGAGGACGGAGGGUACGACAGCGAUGUGGCCCGGGAGAAGACGGUGGACUACGUCACCAAGAUCUACUCCGCCAGCAUCAGGAACAUGACAGGAACCAGACCUCACCUGCAGCACAAAGAAGUUCCUGUGGAGGAGAGGCCUCCGGUGAGCCGAGCCGCUCCGCUGCCUGACAAACUGCUGAAGAACAACGUGACCAAGAAGAAGAAGGUGGUGGAGGAGCUGGUGUUGGAGCACGUCUUCGGCUACCGAGGCUUCGACUGUCGCAACAACCUGCAUUACCUCAACGACGGCGCUGACAUCGUGUUCCACACGGCCGCCGCCGUCAUCAUCCAGAACCUGUCGGCCGGAAGCCAGAGUUUCUACCUGGAACACACCGACGACAUCCUGUGUCUUACCGUCAACCAACACCCCAAAUACCAGAACGUGAUCGCUACGGGACAGAUCGGUGACAUCACUGACCUGCCAGGCCUUGCUCCAUCCAUCCACGUGUGGGACGCCAUGACCAAGCAGACGCUGUCCAUCCUGCGCUGCUCCCACGCUAAAGGGGUUGGCUACGUCAACUUCAGUGCCACGGGGAAGCUGCUGCUGUCUGUGGGCGUGGAGCCUGAACACACCAUCACCGUGUGGAGGUGGCAGGAAGGCACCAAGGUGACGUGUAAAGGCGGCCACGCCGAGCGGAUCUUCGUGGUGGAGUUCAGACCGGACUCAGACACCCAGUUUGUGUCAGUGGGAAUCAAACACAUCAAGUUCUGGACGCUGGUCGGAGGCUCGCUCGUCUACAAGAAAGGAGUGAUCGGCUCGGUGGAGGACGGCCGCAUGCAGACCAUGCUGUCUGUGGCCUUUGGGGCGAACAACCUGACGUUCACCGGCGCUAUAAACGGAGACGUGUACGUGUGGCGGGAGCACUUCCUGGUGCGGGUGGUUGCCAAGGCGCACAGCGGCCCGGUGUUCACCAUGUACACCACGCUGAGGGACGGACUCAUCGUCACCGGGGGGAAGGAACGCCCGACUAAAGAGGGCGGCGCCGUGAAGCUUUGGGAUCAGGAGAUGAAGCGCUGCCGAGCGUUUCAGCUGGAGACGGGCCAGCCGGUGGAGAACGUCCGCUCCGUCUGCAGAGGGAAGGGUAAAAUCCUGGUGGGAACCAAAGACGGAGAGAUCAUCGAGGUGGGAGAGAAGAACGCUGCGUCCAACACCAUGAUCAACGGACACACUCAGGGAGGGAUCUGGGGGCUGGCCACUCACCCGUUUAAAGAUGUCUUCAUCUCCGCCAGUGAUGACGGGACCAUCCGGAUAUGGGACCUGGCUGAUAAGAAACUUCUGAACAAGGUGAGUUUGGGUCAUCCUGCCAAGUGCACGUCUUACAGUCCCAACGGAGAGAUGGUUUCCAUCGGUACGGAGAACGGAGAGUUCAUCGUCCUGCUGGUCAACUCGCUCACUGUCUGGGGCAAGAAGAGAGAUCGCAGCGUCGCCAUCCAGGACAUACGGUUCAGUCCAGACAACCGGUUCUUGGCGGUGGGUUCGGUUGACAGCGCUGUGGACUUCUACGACCUUUCUCUGGGCCCGUCCCUGAACAGGAUCGGCUACUGCAAGGACAUCCCCGGCUCCGUCAUCCAGAUCGACUUCUCAGCCGACAGCAAACACAUCCAGGUUUCCAGCAGCAGCUACACCCGGCAGGUGCAUGAAGUUCCCUCGGGGAAGAUGGUCUCGGAGCAGUCAGUGUUUGAGAGAAUCACCUGGGCGACCUGGACCAGCAUCCUGGGAGACGAGGUUCUGGGCGUUUGGCCGCGUAACUCGGAGAAGGCCGACGUUAACUGCGCCUGUGUGUCCCACGCCGGCCUGAACCUGGUGACCGGAGACGACUUCGGACUCAUUAAACUCUUUGACUUCCCGUGCUCCGAGAAAUUUGCGAAACACAAGCGCUACUUCGGCCACUCUGCUCACGUCACAAACGUUCGCUUCUCCUGUGACGAUAAGUUCGUUAUCAGCGCUGGCGGCAGCGACUGCAGUUUAUUCGUUUGGAAAAGUCAGUGAGAUCCCCAAAACCCUCCGGACUCUGACCGGGGAUGCUGCUGACGCUUCGGCCCUUUGACCUGAAACCUCCUGGGACGGGAAGUCCAAAACGUUUAAACCCUCCAGGGACAGGAAGUCUGAAGUGUUUACUCUGACAGUGUUUCCUGCUGCGGGACGCUGCUGUCGGUACCGUGUGUUAUCCUGACGGAGUUCUUCUUGUACAUAAAUGAGAAACUGAAGAGCAGUGUUUAAUAUUUCCAAAUGUUUGUGUUGCUUAAAGGUGCUGUAGGUAGGAUUGUGAAGAUCCAGGUCUUAGCCAAAACAUUUGAACAUCAACAACUUUUCAGUCCCUCCCCCCUUUCCGCUAAA